UUCCGCCACCUAAAAAGUCAUGCAAGAUUUCUUUCUUCGCUUUCGUCGAGAGAAACAGAAGAGCGAGCGAAUGCUUCCUCGAUUCUUGUUGAUACCUACGCGUGGAGGAGGGGGCGCGGGGGGAAGAGAGAAAAGCUUUUGAGCCCUCCCUACACCAUCGACGCGCACAUCUCUCGCCCCACUCGCAUCUAUCCCAAGAUGUCUUCAUCCUCGUAUCUGGGCCUCAAGGUCCGGGUUGCGAUGACGUCGGGCGAGGUGAUUGAAGGGGUCAUCACAGAUAUCGAUACAGCGACGGGAUCGCUGCGAAUCGGACAGCAGGCAAUUGCAAGGGCCAACAUUUGCGAUCUCCAGAUCGUGACUGCUGGUGCCGAUCCUGGAGCCUCACUUUCUGUGCCGGCCUCAAGCCGAGCACAGGUCAGCUUUGCAGAUCCGGCCAUCGUCUCCUCGAGUCGUUCACUGGCAGAUGGUGUAGUGUCCCCGCCUGCGCCGCCAUCAGUCUCAUCGACGUCAUUAUUGUCGUCUUCCUCCUCGUCAUUGUCGGCGGCGGCGCUUGCACCUCCUUUUGCCACAGCGAGGGAUGCCCCUUUGACGUCGUCAGCCGCUUCUUCGCCCAAGCCGACGGGUCGAAGGGCGAAAGCCAAAGGCGUCGUCACACGAGGCGGCAGCAACAAUCCUGACAGCAAUAGCCGCAACACCGAAGGCAAGCAAGGUCAUGGCUGGGACGAGCUGACUCACAGUAUGCAGCGCCACGCCCAGCUCUCCAACAAGAUGGAAAAGAGUGGUCGCAAAGGAGGCGGAGCGGGCGCUCAGCGAUACAGCAACAAUCACAGCAGCUUCUACAACGGUGACAAUGAGCAAGGCGAUCAAGAGUCGGACCUCGAUGAAGAUUUUGACUUUGACGCGGCCCUAGGCAAAUUCGACAAGGAAUUUGGAUCAGACAGACCCUAGCACGCUCCUUGUCUCCCACAAUCGGCUGCCAGGGCUGGGAGGAACAAGGAACCGAGGGGCGCAGGACAAGCUUCUGCCCAAUGAACCC